UUUAAAUACCAUUUCCCAAUUCCAAAGAUUCAUUCCUCAACCAUCACCAAAAAUAACUUCUCUUCCUUUGAUCAUCUUUCCACUUCAUUCAUAAAAAAAUGAAGAACCAAAUACUCGAACAAGUCAUUGGAGUUCCAAUGAAAUCAACACUGUAUCGAGUUGAGCGAACGCCGAGAAGAUACUUACCGGAUUCUGCUGGCCAGUAUCGGAUUCCAUCAUCUGUUGAAGUGUCUAACACAUUUAGAAAAGGCAAAAGAAACUUUGUACUUAAAAGGAUAAAUAAUAUUGGGAAGAAAGCUGAUACUUUCGCACAUGGAGUCCGAGAACAUGUGAGGGUGGGGCCAAAGAUCAGUGAAACUGUGAAGGGAAAGUUGAGUUUGGGGGCAAGAAUUCUUCAAGUAGGAGGGGUGGAGAAGAUUUUCAAGCAAUUGUUUAGUGUUAGAGAAGGAGAGAAGCUGUUGAAGGCAUGCCAAUGCCAUUUAUCAACAACAGCAGGUCCCAUAGCUGGUUUACUUUUUAUCUCAUCUCAAAAGGUUUCCUUUUGCAGUGAUAGAUCAAUCAAAAUCCCUUCUCCUAAUGGAGAAAUGCUCAGAGUUCAUUACAAGGUUUUGAUUCCACAUGAGAAAAUAAAGGGAGUGAAUGAGAGUGAAAACAUGAAGAAACCGUCACAAAAGUACAUGGAAAUUGUGACAGUGGAUGAUUUUGAGUUCUGGUUUAUGGGUUUCUUUAAUUACCAGAAAGCUUUCAAGUACCUUCAACAAGCAAUCUCAUAUAUGUAGCCUGAAUAAGAUUUGUACAAAGGAGAGUUACCGAUAUUCUUAUUUAGCCUAAAGAAGAUUUGCUUAUUUGCAAGCACAAGUUUGUGGCUUUCAUUUGUUUAAUCUCUAAAUAAGCCAUAGGGAUAGUAUGUACAUGUAUCUGUAUAGGCAACUUUGGAAAACGGAAAAUGUUAAAUAUUGCAGAUUAAUGGGUAGGGCAAUAUUUUGGACC